AUGGCCACUAAUUCCAAAUUUAUUGACUACAUUGAUGAAGCUCUGGAAAAAUCAAAAGAAACUGCACUGUCUCACUUGCUUUUCACCUAUCAGGGGAUUCCUUACCCAGUCACUAUGUGCACCUCAAAGACCUUCCAAGCCUUGGACACCUUUGAAGCCAGAAGCGAUGACAUAGUGCUAGCGUCUUAUCCAAAGUGCGGUUCCAAUUGGAUUCUUCACAUCAUUAGUGAAUUAAUAUUCGCCGAUUAAAAAAAAUUUGAAUAUCCAGAAUUUCCAGUUCUUGAAUGUGGGGACCCAGAAAAUAUAAGGUUGAGAAUGAGCCAGUUUCCAUCACCAAGGAUUUUGACAACUCACCUCCAUUAUGACAAAUUACCUGGGUCCAUCUUCAAGAAUAAAGCCAAGAUACUAGUGAUCUUUCGAAAUCCUAAAGACACGGCAGUAUCUUUUUUCCAUUUCCACAAUGAUGUUCCUGAUAUUCCAAGCUAUGGCUCUUGGGAUGAAUUCUUCAGACAGUUCAUGAAAGGACAAGUUUCUUGGGGAAGCUAUUUUGACUUUGCAAUUAAUUGGAACAAACAUCUUAAUGAUGAAAAUGUUAAGCUCAUAUUAUAUGAAGACCUGAAAGAGGAUCUGGCUGCUGGAAUAAAACAAAUUGCUGCGUUCUUUGGAUUCUCUCCAUCUGGGGAGCAGAUUCAAACUAUCUCGGCCCAAAGUACCUUCCAGGCGAUGCGAGCACAGUCCCAGGAAACACAUGGUGCCGUGGGCCCAUUCUUGUUCCGAAAAGGUGAAGUUGGUGAUUGGAAAAAGUUGUUCAGUGAAACUCAGAACCAAGAAAUGGAUGAAAAAUUUAAAGAGUGCUUAGCAGGCACUGCCCUGGGAACAAAGUUGAAAUAUGACUUAUAUUGCCAGGCCUGA